CAGUUGACUCUGACUCUUUCUGGCCAAUCUUCGAGCUUAGAGGCGGGGGGAUAGAAAAAUGUGCAAGAUGAUACAUAUGAGGUUCAGUUCCUCUGAGGAGAAGCCGAAGUGAGCAGAGGUCUAGUCUAGUCUAGCAGUGGAAGAGAGACUCUUUUUGAAGAUGGUUUCUAUCACAUCGCAGUCUGUGCUGGUGCCGGUGUCCUGUGCGCAGGCUCUGCUCGGUGUGGGCUGUUUGGCCGUCGUCCUCCUCGCUCUCCUGCUGGUCCGACAGCUCGUCAAGCAGAGAAGACCUCCGGGCUUUCCUCCUGGUCCAUCUCCUAUCCCUGUCAUAGGAAACAUCAUGUCUCUGGCCACCGAGCCGCACGUCUUCCUCAAGAAGCAGAGUGAAGUUCAUGGACAGAUUUUCAGUCUUGACCUGGGAGGCAUCUUGACGGUGGUAUUAACUGGAUAUGACUGUGUCAAGGAAUGCCUUUACCAUCAAGGCGAGGUGUUUGCUGAUCGCCCAUCGCUGCCUUUAUUCCAGAAAAUGACCAAAAUGGGUGGGCUUCUCAAUUGUAAAUACGGCAAAGGCUGGAUUGAACAUCGUAAACUGGCUUGCAACUCUUUCCGUUACUUCGGCAGCGGCCAGAGAACGUUUGAGAGGAAGAUCUCGGAGGAGUGCAUGUUUUUUGUCGACGCCAUCGACGAACACAAGGGAAAGCCCUUCAACCCCAAACACCUGGUGACCAACGCUGUGUCCAACAUCACCAACCUGAUCAUUUUUGGACAACGGUUCACCUACGACGACCGCAACUUCCAGCACAUGAUCGAGUUAUUCAGUGAGAACGUGGAGCUGGCGGUGAGCGGCUGGGCCCUCCUCUACAACGCCUUCCCUUGGAUCGAGUAUUUGCCCUUUGGAAAACAUCAGAAGCUGUUCCGCAAUGCUGCUGAGGUGUACGACUUCUUGCAGACAACUAUAAAGGGUUUCUCACAGGGCAGGGUGCCACAUGCACCUCGCCACUAUGUUGAUGCCUAUUUGGAUGAGUUGGAGCAGAACGCAGAGGAACCCAGCUCCUUCUUUUCCUAUGAGAACCUCAUCUAUUCAGUGGGCGAGCUCAUUAUUGCCGGCACAGAGACCACGACUAACACCCUGCGCUGGGCCAUGCUGUACAUGGCUCUCUACCCCAACAUACAAGAGAGGGUGCACAGAGAGAUCGACAGCGUGCUGGCCAAUGGGAAGGCCCCCACUUUGGAGGACAAACAGAAGAUGCCCUAUGUGGAGGCCGUUCUGCACGAGGUCCUUCGCUUCUGCAACAUUGUCCCGCUCGGUAUUUUCCGUGCCACCUCCCAGGAAGCAAAAGUCAACGGGUACACAAUUCCCAAAGGCACCAUGGUGAUCACCAACCUCUACUCAGUGCACUUUGACGAGAAGUACUGGAACGAUCCAGGCGCUUUCUCACCACAGAGGUUUCUGGACAGUAACGGCAACUUUGUGAGGCGCGAGGCCUUCCUGCCAUUCUCCAUGGGGAGGCGUUGCUGUCUGGGCGAACAGCUGGCCAGGAUGGAGAUGUUCCUCUUUUUCACCACUUUGCUGCAGAGGUUUCAUCUUCAAUUCCCUCCAGGAACCGUUCCCACUGUCACUCCCAAACUCGGCAUGACUUUACAACCCAAGCCCUACUCCAUCUGUGCUGUCCGCAGGCAGCAGAAAAGUCCCUGCUCUGGAGGCCCUCCUUAUCACAAGUAGGCCAGCAGGAAGUUAUUACAGCUUGUUCGACUGUUCAAGCCAGAAUUUCUACUAUUUUGCACAGCAAUGCAACCACAUGAUGCAGGUGCAUAAAAACUGUAUCGCGCUGGAUUGUAGCGUCCAGUUCCAGUGCGUCACAGUUUUUCCAAAGGACUUUCAGUGACAAAAGUCGCUCUCUACAUAUGAAC